CCUCCACAUCCCCCUCCUCCUGCGUUUAGCAUCUGAAAGGAGCUGAGUGAGAAUCGAUGGCGCAGAGGCCCGCUUGACAGGACAAUAAAGCACAAAGAAGGGGUGAGUCUUCUCCUUUUCCCUUUUUCCCCUCCCUAUCUUCACUCGCUUUUCUCCAUUUAAAGACGACCAGCGUGCGUGAGCGUGCGUGUCUCGCUGCUCCACGGGGGCCGCGACGCUUCCACGCGACGCAUCUUUUGUCAGCAUCACCCCCUUCUCUCGCAUCACAACACAAUCAGCCACCCACCACCCCUAAAAAUAACACCAUCACUCGACAACGUUUCACCUGUAAACAUCAGCAUCAUUAUCUUUAAAUGAGGGGUGUUAGAGAAAAAAGGGGGGCGUGAUGUCCUAAUGCGGUUGUCGGUGGGGUAAACAAUCCCCCCGCCCCCAACAUUUUUUUAAAUGGGGCGCUCCACUCAACUAUGUUCUAUAUCCAGAGCCUCCGCAGCAGACAUGCUCCAGCGGGCGCCGUCACCCCGCAGCUAUCACCUCCUCCCUGGCCAGGAGUGCCCCUCAUCCUCCGGCUCCCCCUUCUCCAGCUUUGCCAGACACCGACACCUUCAGACAACCGAGCCUGGCCAGAUCUCCCCAUGAGGCGGCCACCAGCACUCACACCGACCGCUCUGUAUGGAGCCUCUUGUCACUGAAUGGACAUGGAGGAUGAAGACGGGACUUGUCUUCUUGAUGUUUUAUGUGACCCCCAAGCACUGAACGACUUCCUUCAUGGAACCACUGAGCUGCAGACUGAAGACCUGCUCAUCAGCACCUCCUCUGGGGCGGCAUCUCUCUUUGCAGACACCCCAAGUCCCGGCUCGCUGCUGGGGGAUGGCGGAGGCUCCCCGAGUACACCCCCACCCGGCUGUGUGGAUCUCUCCUUCCUGGAGGAGGCCCUCCUCUCGUCACCUGAGGGUGCGGAUGACCCUGGGCAAGCGGAGGUGCCGCAGGGGCAGUCCCCGGUUGAGCCCGAAUGUCAGCCGAAGGAGGAGGUGGAAGAGAAGGAGGAAGAGGAAGUGACCUGCUGCGACAUCCUGCAGCAAAGCCUGAAGGAGGCAGACAUUACAGAGCAGACCGUUGCCCAAACAGGGGAGACGGUAUACCUUCCUGUGCCGCCGCCGCCCCCGCUGCCGUUUAUAGCCAAGGCUGUCGCCCAGGCAUUACCCAGGGACACUCAGUCGGCCGUGGAGCCCCCGCAGCCUUCCCUGUUGGCCGUAGGGCCAGGGUGCCCCUCUCUAAAACCUGCCCCUCCUCCUCAGCUGAUGGGGCUCCUGCCCGGGAACGUUUUUCCAGCCCAUUCACCAGAGAGUUCUUUGGUCCAAGGCUCCAGUAUGAUCAUUCAUAAAGCCAUGACCGCCCGGCCCCUCAUCACCCCGGCCCCAGGUAUCGUCCUACAGCGGGCCCCUCUCCCAAUCCAGCCAAAGCUAUCCAUUAGCAUUCAACCGAGACUGGUCCAAAUCAGCCCCAAGCCGCUGGGCCACAAACCUACAACGGGUCUCGCGCUAGUUCCCGGGACUGCCUCGCCAAAUAUUCUUCUUUCCCAGAAGACUUCCACCCCGGCCCCCGAGCAGCUCCCCAAACCUGUCAGCCUGCAGCUUCUCAACCAGAGUGGCUCCUUCAUGCUCCAGCCUCAAGGACUCUUUCAAGGCCAAAACCAGUUCCUUCUCCCAGGCCAGACCCAGGUUACCAUCACCCGACCUGCAGCCGGAGCUCUGCUGACCACUGCCCCGCCGGGCCAUCAAGGGACACCCUUCAGUGGGCAGAUUGUAGACAGCUCGCAGAUCCUAGCUGUACCACAGAGACAGCUGAACUUUAGCCCCGUGUUCACAACCACAGGACAACUUGCUCUCGGCCAGGCUGCAAUCUUUUCACCUACUGUCUUCCAGAUGCCGGCACAGCUCGCCGGGAGUUACGCCGAUAGCGGACGGGGGCAGAGGGCCUUGCUGCACGGACCGGCUUUGGCAAACCAAAUCACCUUGAUCAAUGGCUCUGGGAUGCUCCCCUCAGACCUACCCUCCAUAUCCAUCGUCAAUGCCUCCUCGGUGGUGCAGCGCCUACCUUUCACGGCUCAGCCCCCACAGGCGGGUGUGGCCGACGCCAAGCUCGGACUCCAGACGGCCUCAGUGGUUCUUCUACAAGAAAGAGAUGUCCCUGAAGAGAAGAGGAGCUUCGACAAAAGUUUCCUUCGAGAGCAUUUGGGUCAGGCUAUUCAACAGCAGGUGUCAGUGCAGCCCGUUGCCCCUUCACCACCCGUGGCAACUGUUCUGCAACCCACAAGGGACCCAGCGCCGGCCCCCGACGCAGCCCAAGCAGUCGAGGACAUAUCCGAGUCCCUGAGCCAGAAUCACGACUUUAUGCAACAAAUGCAACAGCAAGCACGUGUCUCGCCCGUCACCUCAGACCUGUUAGUGACACCGGUGGAUUCGCUAACCCCGCUGGUAGACAAUGAGCAAGAGAGCCAGCCAUUCAGUACUGCAUCAGACCCACAUGCCAAUGCCUCGCCGUUCCCCUCCGAGACAGAGGACGCAUCCCUGCUGGACUCAUCCCCUUCGCUCAACGACUCCGCCCCAUUCCCCGAUGCAACCCCAAUUCCCGGGUUAGAAGGCUCCUCUCCAGGACCGCAAGUCCAGUACCAGUUUCCCCAGCAGUUCCAGAGCUCAAAGGAUUUGUUUGUUGACAGCGGAGGGAUACUUGCCUCGCCGUCCCAAUCUCUAUCCUCUGAGCAUAGUUCAGUCCCUGGCAUCUCAGUGCCUCAACAGUGGCCUGACCUCUCAGCUGGUGGGGGGGUCGACACCCCCGUCCAAAUGAACACACAAAACACACCGACAACUGCCUUGGCCAUCGAGAGCGAUGUCCUGACUCCAGACAUCCACUCGCCCUCCUCCAUUAACCAGCAGUGGCCCCAGGGUGGGCCCGCAGCGCCAAAGGAGGGUGUCCCCACGCCAAGAAACCAGCAGCUAGCAGGAAUGGAGCCGAAACCUUUGGAAACCCUAACACCAGCAACAAAACGCCACAGGUUCCAGCAGAUGCUUUGCUCAGACCAUCUGGCAGUCCAGAACCCGCACACCGGCCCGGCCUUCUGCAGUCUGACCGAGGCUGCAUGCCGCCUGUUGCCGUACCAUGCCUGCGCCGGACACACGCCCUCCCAAGAGGACUUAACUUUAGUGGAUCAAGAGUUUGACAUCGUUUCGGGGUUCCUGCUGAAGCGCAGCAAGGACAUGGUGAACAAAUACAGGCAGCUACUAGUCAGGGAAACAUGGCAGGAGAGUCCAUCCGCUGAGAUGGUGAUGCUGGAACGUCUCUUCCUGCAGGCAGAGCGCUUUUCUUUCGGAGAGGACAGACGGCGGGCACAAGGGGACCCAGAGACUUUUCUGAAGUCCUUGACCUCAUCGGCAUCUGCAUCGGAGCCUCGAUCAGCAGCCCCAGCCUGGAGCAGAAUGUCAUAUCGUCCACCUGGACUCAAGACAUACCGCUCUAGUUCGCGGGGUGCUCUCAGGCUCACCAUCAAGCAGGAAUGUGGCUCCCGAAUGGUGGUGCACAGUUCCUUUGGGGACCUCGCUCUGAAGCGGGACCGUGCGGGUCGGCUGUCCAAUGGAGCGUCACGCCGUGAGGACAAGAUCCCCGACGGAGCAGAACCCAAAAAGAAAAACCUUCCAGAAGCAUCCCUGCGGGACGCCCCUAAGGUGAAAUGCCUUAGGCUGGACGUUCCGCUGCCUCUCAGUCCGCCGCCUGGAUCCCUGCAGGAAGACAGCGUGCUCAGUGAACACCUGCAGAGCGCCAUCGACAGCAUCUUGGAGCUGCAGCGCCUGCAGGGGGCGUCAGCAGAAAAACUUACAAGAACCCACGACCAGUCAGUCACCAGCGCCUUAGAGGGCCACUUGUGAGGCUAGACUUGGAUGUAGGAAUUUCCUAUCUGAGCCAACCAAAAGCUUGACUCUUGUCUUUUGCUUACCUGGAAUAAAUUGAGGACACAUCACAAAGAAAAAGCACUAUAGAUAGUUCCUUAGGUGUUAGAUACUACAUUUUGGUGUACCGCUUUGUGGUUCAUACCAAGUCUAUUUGAAUAGGAAUGCUAUGGUGUCAUAGUUUUUUUUUUUUUUUUAAGAAUUCUUUUCCAGCAGUGCCAAGCUUCCAGGGUAUUUAUUUUGAUAACACAUGCCAAUGUUUAAAGUCAAACUGACUCCAAAGAACUUGUUACCCUGCCCCCUCCCCCCACAAACACACCAGCAACUCCCCGGUCCUCGCUGAAAACUUGGGCCACCACUAGACGUAGCUCGUCGUAGUCCAAGCUGUGAAAAACAAAGUUCCCAGUCCUCUGUCCUGGAGAGAGAAGAUUGUUGGAUGUUUUUGUAAAGCAAUAAUGUUUCUGGAACCAAGGAGAAGGAAAGGCAAAAGGCUCUUGCUUGUUGCUGAUUGUUUUGUUCUGCGCAGAUGUGGCUGUGGAGACUUGGAAUAAUAGACUAUGAGGAACCGUAGACCAAGUAACAUGCAUAUCAUUGUACAUUUGGACCAAAAGGACUUGACACUUGUCUAAGAGUCCAAAUAAAAGAUUUGGGAUUUGUGUAUGGAACUUGGGGGGGAAAAAACAACAACCUCAGGACAUUUGAUCUGAAUGACUUUGGGUUUACUUGUAAAACAUUUGGGACCGAGAUUAAGUCUCCAGGUCCAGGCGACCUAAAAGAGAACUCCAAUGAAAUAUUUGAAACCCAUAUAGAACUUGCAUGAGAAGUAGUGACAUGGGAGAUGAACCAGAUCAGAAAGAGAACCUAGAGACUGACUAAAACCUUGAAAAAAGAUUUACCAGACAGAACUUGAGAUCUGUGCUGUAUUUGGAGCUAAAACCCUUCAAGACUUCCCUGAGACUUUGACCAAAUCAAUGUUUUAGAUUUGAUCCGAAUGACUAUGGACUCAAGCCACCAAAAAGUAUAUUCAAUUGCAUAAAUGUUGGAAGAGCCUUGGACCGCAACCAAAUCUCUAGGAACAUUAUAAUUCAGCAUGUUCAUAAGACUUAAGACUAGUUGACUUGCAAAAGAACGGAAAAACACUUGCACAUAAACCUUCAACACUCCCCUGAAAUGAGACAUUUUGAGAUCCAAGUCACUACAGGUCAACACUACAGCCCAAGACUUAGGCAUUUGGCCUCAUUUCAUUCUAGUUUCACAUCAUUUAGUACCUUGUAGAAGACUUCAGCAAUCAACCUUUGGGUUCUUAGGGACUCGUCUCUGUCUAAGAUAAGAACUAAACCAUUCAGACACCGAAGGACCUGGACCAAAUGACUUGCUAGCAAUUGGAAUUGAACGGGACAACACAUUUGCCCAAGACUGAGAGAUUUGCUUUAGUUCCUUGAAACUUCUAAUGAACUUCAACCAGGUAACUCCUGAGUAGCUACAGACUUGUCUCUGUGUGGGACUUGGACUGAAACAAAGGACUAAGACCAGGAAGUCCAUACUUCUGUUGAGCCACCUGGAAGCUUACCAUUAACAUGACAAUCUUUUAUCCGUAUGUGACAUUUCUUCCAAAUUUGUUGUUGGUCCCACAAAACAACUAUAAAAACUGAGGGAACAAUGACUGAAAAACAUUUUCAAAAACACUUGAGACUUAACCUUUAGGAUUCAGUGACUUCCCACAUUACUUUUUGAAUGGUCGCGGUAAGAUUAUGCAGUACUUUAGUGCGCAAAACACAUUCCAGGUUUUCUACCGGAGUUUUUGCAAGAAUGCAGUAAGAAAAAAAUAGAUGUCAGAGUGACUUUUCACUCCUUGCCAAUGCCACUUUUGUAAAAAGAACAUGGCGUUAGUCGAAUGGAAGCCCCCUCUGGAACGAACCGCCUCGUGUGCCAUUGUUGCAGUCGUCCAGAAUGUCCGACAAAGACCGUUUAGAAACUAUCUUUCGCAGUCCUCCUCAGAAAUAUUUCAAGGGACUGAUUGUUCUCAUGCCAAAAUAUAGAGGCCUUAACCCAGCGUAGCUUGGAUUGUAAACGACGCUAAAAAAUGAUCGUCUGAAGCGAUUCAUACCAUUUUUUUUUUUUUUACUGGUUUUACAGACUAUUUAUGAAAACUGUGAUUUUGUAU